CUGACAGUCAGCUGAUAGGCUACAGAGAGCAGCAGAGGCAUGAAGGCAUGAAGCAUUCAUAUUUAUUUGUAUAAACCUAUCUCUAGGCUAGUUGCAGUUUUGAAUAACGCCGGCUAGUCAAUGUUGGAAGUACCCUUCUGACUGGGCCGCCUAGUUAGCAUUUUAAUAAUCUCCUGUUAUUUUUACUAGGGGCGUGCAGUCUGGGCUAUGUUUUAAUGGUGCUACACAUUUUUGUGGGACUUGUCAAGAAUAUUCAAGAUGCGCAGUAUCUUUGGUACAACAAUAAACCACACAUGCUCGGCGUAGAUUUGAUUGCUCGUUCCCGCAAUAGUGUCCGCCAUUUUGAUUUAAAAUAUGUGAGAAUCGUUCUCUGUCUUGCUCCAAUCUUCAGGAUAAAAGUGACAACUAAUUUACUGAACCUGGGAUUGUCCUAUACACAGUUGGAAGGGUCAGGCAGCUUCUGGUUGCAGAGGUAGUGAUGGAGUGUAAGUGUAUCAUCCAUACAGAUUCAUGACCAUUCCUACCUGCAUAUUUGAAAUAAAUGACUGAAGAGGUCUGACCUAGGAUACACGUUUUACUAAGCAGCAGCAGCCAUGUUCUGGAAGUUUGACCUGCACACGUCAUCCCAGCUGGAGGCCCUGCUUGAGAAGGAAGAUGUCACGCUCACUGAGCUCAUGGAGGAGGAGGACGUACUGCAGGAGUGCAAGGCCCAGAACCGCAGGCUGCUUGUCUUCCUGUCCCAGGACACCUGCAUGCAAGAGCUGCUGCACCUCAUCACCACAGAGCCCCCUGCUGGUCUGGAAGAGAUCAAACGCUUCAAGCACCCUAACAUAGCAUGUGAGCUGCUGACGAGUGAUGUAGGGGUGAUAAAUGAUAAGCUGGGGGGAGAGAAGCCCCUUCUAGACAUCCUGUACACCUUCCUGGAGCAGCCCCCUCCCCUCAACCCCCUCCUCGCAUCCUUCUUCAGCAAGACCAUUGGAAACCUCAUCACACGCAAGACCGAACAGGUGAUCUUCUUCCUGCGGGGAAAGGAGGGUUUCCUGGGUCUGGUUCUUAAACACAUCAACACAUCGGCAAUGAUGGACCUCCUGCUACGCCUCAUCAGCUGUGUAGAUCCUGCUCCUCUCCGACAAGACACACUCAACUGGUUGAAUGAAGAGCGGCUGGCCCAGAGGCUCAUAGAACUCAUUCACCCUGGGAAAGACAAGGAGAGACAGUCGAAUGCGUCCCAGACUGUGUGUGACAUCAUCCGUCUGAGCAGAGACCAGGCCAAUCAGCUCCAAGAGAACUCUGAGGCCGACCCUCUGCUCGCCGUGCUGGAGUCGCAGGAGUGUGUGAGUCAGCUGCUGGACAACAUGUUUGUGGGAGAGAGCACAGAGAGCUGCAUCGUCUACGGAACUCAAGUCCUUCUCACCUUACUGGAGAUCAGGAGGCCGGGAGUGGAUGGUGUGCUGGAUGUGUGUGUUCUGGGAUAUGAAAGGUGUGUCGUCAGCAGCAUCCUGCAGGCUGUCCAACCCCACCUCAAACACUACCACCAACUACUGCUGGAUCCUCCCGGGCGGACCCCCAUGCUGACCAGUCUAGGUGUGUUGGAGGUGCCACUGGGUAACUGUCGUCUCCAUGUGGCCAGACUAAUGGCCUCCCUACUACAGACCACUAACAUGAGUUAUUACACCUGUUUUGACGACACGAUUUAUAACAACACCGUCACACUGGAGCUCUGCAGACUCCAGACCAUAAACCUCCUACUGGACCUGUUCUUUAAGUACACCUGGAACAACUUCCUGCACUUCCAAGUGGAACUGUGUGUGGCAGCCAUCCUCAGCCACUCUGCUCAGGAGGAGAGGCCCCAGGUUGGCCUGGUUAUCCAGGAAAGGCCCUUGGUUCCCCUGGAAGACAUUCCCCAGGCCAGCUUUGUGGCCCAGGAAAAACCCAUGUUUCCCCAGGCGGAGAAUCCUCAGGGCAGCCUCUCGACCCAGGAAAAGCCCAGGCUUCAGCAGAUGCCCCAGGAAAAGCAGGCCUUGCCUGGCCCCAAACCACCACUGCCCUCUGUUCCUCCUGACAUCUCCACACAUAACCCACUGGUGACCCAUUUGUUUCAGGACUGUCGUCUGGUUCAGAGGAUAUUGGAGGCCUGGGAGGAGAAUGAUAAGACUCAGGCGGAGGGGGGUAUGAGGAGAGGCUACAUGGGUCACCUGACAAGAAUCGCUAAUACUGUAGUCUGUAACAUGGAGAAAGGACCAGUCCGCAUCCAGAUCAGCAGCCUUAUUACAGAGCUGCCUAAGGAUUGCAGGGGGCGCUGGGAGAGCUUUGUAGACCAGGACCUGACAGAGACCAACAGGAAGAACACUGUAGACCUGGUGUCUCACAACCUGCGCUCCUCCAGUGAAGACGAUGACCGACAGAGUCCCUUCCCCAAAGAGCUGUCACUGCAACAGACAUUCUCAGACUACCAGAUCCAGCAGAUGACUGCUAACUUUGUGGAUCAGUUUGGCUUCAAUGACGACGAGUUCUCAGAACACGGCGACAACAUCAGCGCCACCUUUGACCGGAUCAAAGAGAUCAACUUCAACGUGGACACAGAGGACACUGCUAAGACUGCAGCAUUUGAGGCCUGCACUAAGGAGAAGAUCCAGUUGUUUGAUGAUAGCGAGGAAGAAGACAUCUGGGAGGAGAGAGAGAUCAACUAUACUAUGCACACCAAGUCUAGGACCAGGUUUGGGGGGCCACAGAUGUCUGUUGGAUCGGCUCAGGGUGAUGGAAUGAGCGAUACUCCUGAUAAGUCAACAGGUUCUGACACAAAGGAGGGGGAGGUGCCUAAUGAGGUCACAUGUCAGACUGAACACAGCAAGAACAUCAGCCAGACGGAGACUGCACAGAGCCCUGGCUGGGCAGCUAGUUUCGGGGAGGUGAACUUUAACUCCCACUCAUCUGGAGUGGACCCAUGGGAUAGCCCCGCCCCCAAGCCUGGAGUGGGCGUUGACCCAUGGGGUAGCCCCUCCCCCAAGCCUGGAGUGGGUGUUGACCCAUGGGGUAGCCCCUCCCCCAAGCCUGGAGUGGGCGUUGACCCAUGGAGUAGCCCUGCUCCCAAGUCUGGAGUGGGCGUAGACCCGUGGGACAGCCACGCCCCCAUGCCCGGAGUGGGCGUAGACGCAUGGGGAAGCCCUGCCCCACAGCCUGUAACUACAGCGGCUGAGAAGGGCUGGGCCAAGUUCACUGACUUUCAGCCCUUUUGCUGUUCAGAGACAGGUUUGAGGUGCACUUCUCCAGUGGACUCGGAGAUCUGUGGGUCAGACAAAACUAAACCCAGCCAGGGAAUGAACCCAUGUGUGUGGAGUGUGUGUGUGGCGAGGAAGGCUCCCCUGGUAGCAUCAGACACCUCUUCAUCAGGAGGCUCAGACAGUGAGGAAGAGGAGGAAAAGACUGAAUCUGUUACUAUGGAGAUAGUAUCCAAGGAAAUGGUCACUACAGAGCCCAUCGUCACAACCGCCAGACUGGAGACCAUCAGACUUAACAUGAAUGUCAAGAAUGAGAGAGCUGGCUUCACCAGUGAGGUUGACAUGAAAGAGAAGGAAAAGGAGAAAAAGAGGGUGAUGGGUGGAGAAGACCUGCUUAAUGCCACAGCUGCUCCUCUCACAGAUCGGCCUGCCACCGUCACAAAAGAGACACCCUCCUCGGCAAACGGACCGGCCUAGUACUGCGCUACCACGACACUCACACACAUACACACUCCAUUCCCUAGCUAACACAACCACACUCCACUUCCCAACAACACUCUAUGCCAUGCAACAACCUGUAUUUGUGAGCAGUGCUGCCCUGUCAUUGGUCCGUGUCAAGGACAUCUAUGGUGGAUGAGCGGGACAAAAAGCAGAAGAGAAAAGCCCAUUCAGAAUCCAGACCACAGCUCCUAAACACCAACAACCAAUAAACAGAUUAAUGUGAUGUUUGUACCUGCCCUUCUGCUGAAGUCUCUCCUACACACCUAUCACCACACUACACACUGGGACAUGACGUGUGUGUGUGUGUGUGUGUGUGUGUGUGUGUGUGUGUGUGUGU